AUGUAUCUGUUUGCCUAUCAUAUCACUGUUUUUCCCAGAGACUCUACGUUCUGCUAUUGAUUGUUUUUAACUAAUAUGAAUUAUCAAAUAUAUCAUUUUUUAGUUUUAUGUUUUGUAUUUAUUACGAAACAUUCAAAUGCUAUAAACCUAUGUGAAGAAUCUUACAAACCAAUUUUUAGUUUCCGAAUUAUCGGUGGAAAUAGUAUUGAUGAUGGGGCAAAUUGGAUGGCCAAAUUAGUUUCCUAUGGAGAUAAUGGACAGGGAAUCUUAUGUGGAGCAACUGUUAUCGAUGACUUUUGGCUCGUUACAGCGGCUCAUUGUGCAUUGCAACUUCAAACUCGAUCAUUUGUUUAUGUAAGAGAACCCAAAAACAACAGGGAACGGUCAUUUUCAGUGAAAGAAGCAUAUAUUCAUAGUGGAUACAAUAAUCAAACUGCUGAUAAUGAUAUCGCUUUGUUGAGAAUAUCCUCAGAUCUGUCAAAACUCGGAAUAAAGCCUGUUUGCCUCGUUCAUGAUGACUCUAAACUUCUGAAACAGUACAAAAAUGGAGUUGUCAUUGGUUACGGGUUAACUUUGGGAGAAGAUUCCUCUGGUGAACCAAAGCUUAUCAAUAGCCAAACCCUUCAAAGUACUUCUGUUCCAAUUAUUUCUGAUGAUGAUUGCGUAAAAACGUGGAGAUUUUUGUCAUUGUUAUCCGUGAAAAUUACCGGAUAUCAAAUAUGCGCUGGAGCAUAUCUUCAUGGAACGGCACCGGGUGACUCUGGCGGUCCUUUAUUAAUUCAUAAAAGUAAUGGAGAAUAUGUACAAAUUGGAAUUACAAGUUAUGGAGCUGAUGGGUUAGAUGGAGUUAUUGAUCAAGGGAAGUUUCCAGGUGUCUACACAAGAAUUUCCAAGUAUGUUCCAUGGAUUCAAGGUGUAAUUGGAAAAACAUCAAUGAGAAGUAGUGUCACUUCAUCAUCUCCAAUUUAUUUCAAUUUUCUUCCAAUUUUCUCAAUCAUUUUAACAGUUUUGUGGUGAAAAAGGUGAAAUCAUCGCGGGUUUAUGUUGCAUUUUACAACUAUUUGUACCCAUAAAGUUGAUCAACUUCAAAU